AUGUGCCGGCUGUAAGUACCAUUCCUUUGCUUUCUCUUGGUCUCCUGGGGGCAGGGUAUGAGUCCUGGGUCCCCUCCAUAGCUUUAGCUCUCUGGUCCACCAGGGACCAGAGUCUCCUCCCUCACCAGGAAGGGCAGGGCUGCCCUGUUAACAGAAAAAUCCGAGGGCUCCCUUGGACAAAAACAAAGACACCAACCAAUAAUACAAAGAUAUUAUCAAAACCACACAGAUUACUACUGGACUGAAAAAAUGGAAAAACAAUGGGAAAAAAGCUUAAAAUUCACCAUGUGCUAUCUGAUAAAAAGGUAAACAAAUACCAUUCCACAAACAAUGUUUGUUUGUGCUUCGAUUAAUUUCAUAGGCAUCAUGGAAAAACUGAUUUAAUAAAUGAAAACAGAUUAUUUGUAACUUAAAAGGUGUCAAAGCCAUAAAGAAAUAGAGGAAAGUCAACUAAUAUAGCAGGGAUUCAGACUUGUUUCGCAGAACAGAAAGAAAGUGACUGUUUGGCUGUAAGGGAAGAAAGACGAAAAGAAAUACAAAUGCAAUGACUUUUCUGAGAAUCUUGGGUACAGAAUAUUUAAAUUGCUGUUUGUAUCCCCCCCACACACUUUUUUUUUGUGGGAGAAAAGAAGGGACAAACACUUUGUUAGAGGUUCCCAUAUCCUGUUAAAAGGGAAAAUUAUUUCAUGUGAGAAGUCUGUCAGGAAAUGCUGUUCCUAAAAUGCACACAAACAAAAUCUGUUAUAAAAUUUAAAUCCCAUUUGGGGGGGGGGACUACUCAAGAGAGGAACUCACAGUGGGAGUGCUUUGAUAUUUACCUGUGAAAAGAAUUUGGCAUGUUAAGAUUUGAAACUUGGCAAACUCUUGACUUUUGAUGGUCCAGUACUUAACCCUUUUGUACUUAACCCCUGGAGCAAAGGAGACAUUAAGGGUGAUUUCCCUCAAUGGUUCCAAGUUUACACAAGGAAAUUUGGAUGAGUUUCUCCCUGCAGCCCACGCUCUCCAACCUUUCCCCUCCUUUUUUUAAGCUGAUCUAGCCUCUGUGCAUGUGCAGAGUUCAUAUUUCAGCAAACCUUUAUUUUUAUUUUUUUAAAUUAUAUUUAUUCCAAAUUUAAAGUUACAAAAAAGAGAAAGAAAAACCUUACAAAAUACAAAGAAAAAUUUAACCUUAACAAAGCGAAAAGUAAAAAGAUAAAAAUGAACAAUAAAAUAGAAUAAAAAAAGAAGACUUAACAAAAAGUAUAAAAAUGCAUUAAGUUAAAAUGAGACAAAAACAAAUUAAACCUUUACAUAGCCUUUUCCCUUUACUUAUGUCCAUGACCUCCUCUCACCUCCCAGUUUUGUAUUCUAGUUCAGAUCGUAUUUCCAGCAAAUCCUUCUAACCUUAUUUUCAUUUACGUAUUUUAAUUUAAAAUAAGGUAAUUAAACCUCCUCUAUUUCGUCAAUUUCAUCAACUCAUUUUACUUAAUCCUUUAUAUCAUAUCUACCAAAACGACCUAAUUUUCAUUUUCCAACCUCUUUCUAACAGUCUUUUAUAUUACAAUAUUUUUGAAGGUAUAUUUUGAAUGAUAUUUCAGCAAACCUUUUAUACCAUUGAAAGUGUUGCAUCUUUUGGCUAAAUUAGAAUAAAGGAAGGGAAGGGUAAGGAGUAGAUUUAAAAAAUAGAUUUAGAUUUAAAACAAAACAAGAAACUUAGCUAACAAUAGAAGUUGGUCAAAUUAAAUUUCUGUUAACUCAGUUCUAAGGGAUCAUGUUUCCUGCAGCCCAAGCAAAGGGAGUGCUUUCUUUAUGUGCAGGAAAGGGCUAUCAUUAUUUUGUGCUGCCCCUCUGGUCAUUCGCGGAACAAUCAACCGUUCUCUUAUUUAUGAGUAAAAAUGGCCAGAGAGUCAGAAUUCAUAGGAUCUUUAACAUUCUCAGUCAUUUCAGCCUUACCAUUUGCAGACAAAAUUUUCUGCCCUUUAUUUACAGGAUGGUCAAGGCUCAUUCUACUUGAUUAUGAAUUUGUAUGCGCUUAAACUUUGAAAAGACUUUUAAGUCUGAUGUUUGUAAAUAAUAGACAAAAUGAUAAACACUGUAAUCACUCAAAUGCUUGAUAUUACCAGUUCUGCUUCAAAACAUCACGGCUUUCACCUCUCACCUUUUAAAAAACAAAGAGCAAAGCUGGGCUGAAUUUCAACUCAUCACCACACCAGAAUUUAAGAAUUACCCUCCAAUGCUUGCAGACACAUGACCUUCCACACAGCCACAAAUUGGGAGAGUUGAAAGGGACCCUGGGGUCAUCUAGUCCAACCCUCCAAAAUAUAGGGUUCACAUCAAGAUUUCACAGCAAGAUUUGUACUACCAAAGAGAUACACAUUUAAGUAUAGAUGCGCAACUGGGAAAGAAAACACAGCAAGCACACACAUGUACUAAGGAAGAGGAAAAUAAAAGUACCCAACUUUAUACAGAACCCUUUUAGCAGAUCUUGAAACUAAUUUGAGUGAGAGUUUACUAAAGAGUGCAAGUUCCUAGAGAAAUGAUCUUUAAAGGAAGAACAGUUUUCCUAAGAUAAGAUAGGAAGAGAAUCAGGGAGAGAAUAUUUUAUAACCAUAGGGUUAAUUCAAUUUAUAUAACCGCUCACAAAUAAUAAAACAGCCAUAGAUUUGAUUUAAAAGGAAUACAAAAGUGAACAAUUUUUCUGAACUUGCAUAGGAAUAGUAAACCUAAUAAGGAUUUUAAAAUUACCACACAUAGGAAAUUGAGAUGCAGGGUACCUUUAGCAAAGAUUGCCCCCCCUCCCCGCAGUUUCCUUUUAAAGGAAGCUUACUCAGGAGUAAAUUUACCUGGCACAGAAGUAAGAAGGGGGGGGAAUUGAAAAAGACUGAAACAGGGGGAGGGGCAUUUUCCAAGAAAAGAGGCCAGGAAGUCUUAUAGAGACUGAUAUCAGGACUCAGAUAGACAAUUGCUGACUAUGGGAGCUUCUACCUUUUAAUAACAAAUUUUCUUAGAAGGAACACCAUUUAUUAUUAUUUUUUUAGGCAUAUGCUUAAUGAAAUACAGACACUGCAUUUUAGCUUGAGAGAGCAGUUGUGCUCAACUAGGCUUUUGCAGCAGAAACAUUAGUUUCUUCACAGCACAUUCCAAAAUACUGGAACAAAAAAACUGGAACACGGAUGUAGACUCACAAACUCAAAAGUUGCAACAAAACAUCAUUUACCGUCAACUUAAAAUCAUCCUCCUCACUUAAGCUAUAGAGGAAAGAGGUGGGGCAAUUCUCCUUUCAGAACACAAGUAAGCACAUAUACAGGAUUUUUUCCCCUUUUUUUCUUUUUACCACUCGGAGGAAGUCUCUCUUUGGAGCCUCUCUCAAAUAACAAACAUUUGCACACUUCAUUCUCAUUUUUGUCCUGUUUAAGAUUGAUAAGGCCCACCAUGGCUUCCUUAGAUUUAAAAUUUUUGAAGCAAGCUUGCAAUUUAAAAACUAUGUGCACUUAAGAACAGUCUGUGGAUGCCAAAGCCAAUGUAAACACAAACCCUUUAAAUAUUUCUAAACCUUUGAGUACAUCUCUUAUUCAUUUUUAGAGAAACUAAGAUCUCUACUGCGUGGGCUCUCAGGCUGGGUUAUUAUUAUAUCUAUUGCCUUCUGAGCACCAUUAAGUUUACGGUUUCAUGUUCUAGCUUUAGGUUAUAGUUUAACAACACAAAUUUGAUGUGCUCAGUUCUCCUUAAGGGUUCACACCCUGAUUUUGUUGAAGGAUCCCUGAGGUGGCCGCUGUGCCCUGGGUUCCAGGUGGUGGGCCUAAGCCACCCACUAAAAGUUACAACAGUCUCGCAAUUUGUACUUGGAAAGACCAUUUUGUCCCUUUAAUUUAUUUUAUUUUAUUUGCCCAGUUGGAGAUAACAAACUGGAGGGGGGUAUCAGAAUCCUCUCUGGGGGAAAAAGGCUUCACAGAAGCUUUGUUGCCAGGAGGAGUCCAGCUAGGGUGUUUAGAAGAGUGAGCUCCCAUUUUCCUUUAAUAGCAAGGGGGGUGGGGUUGCUCGAUAACAAGCUACACAAGGAGAUACAUAAACAGAGAUACAAGAGAGGGACAAAGAGGGAGGGGAAGAGAAAAGAAUAUCCUAUCAGUAUUAUUCAGUCUAACACUCAAGUGCCCCUCUCGGCCCUUUCUGGGCAAAACUCCGACGGAUCGGAACCGGAGAAGGCCAGUAGAAAUACAAAGGCAAUCCCUGCCUACAACUAAAACCACAGGCAACUAGCCUGGAAACCACGGGUCUCUUAACCCGGAAAAACCACGGAUCUGGAAUUCACUCAGCGCUGCUCACAAAACUAAUCCUAGUGCGGGCCCCGUCUUCUUCCCGAACCUCUCGCUCUACCGUCCACGACAGCCUCCUGCCUGACCUUAGAACUAUGUCCGAAUUCCCUACUGGACGCUUGCACAGUGCAGUGCCAGAUUGGGGUCCGAGAAGACAAAGGUUUGAAAGGAAGCAAAUGACAGACAGAGAGAGAGAGAGAGAUUUUCCACGACCCUUCUGGCCACGCUCCAAGAGAAGGUGUCAAGGAGAGAAAAAAGAUUUUCCAUGAUCCCUUUGGCCACACUCCGAAGAAGGGAAUCAGGAGAGGGAGAGAGAAGGACUUCCAGGACACUUCCGGCCACGCUCCGAGAGAAGAUGUCAAGGAGAGAGAAAAAGAGAUUUUCCAUGAUCCCUUUGGUCAUGCUCCGAAGAAGGGAAUCAGGAGAGAGAGAGAGAGAGAAGGACUUCCAGGACGCUUCCAGCCACACUCCGAGAGAAGACGCCAAGGAGAGGAAAAAAGAAAAGUUCAGCUGCCGUGGAGACAUUAUUCUUCCACCCCCCUCCCAAUGUACUAACUUCAAACCAUACUCACGUCCUUGAAUGUCCCUCGUGGAUCCCGGGAUCCUUUUCUUCGGCCGGCUUGACCUUUCCUUUGCUCCCCUGGUUGAGCUUUCUGGUGACGAUUGAUUACCGCCCGCAAAGAGGAGGCAGGGAGAGGGAAAAGGAUCCCUGGGCUAAGAUUGCCCAGUGGCGCCCGAUCCCCUCUAUCUCCCCCCUCACCUUCACAGGAGAACCAAGAGUCCCUGAGCAUGGUCACCAAACUGUUAAUGGAAAAAUCCGAGGGCUCCCUUGGACAAAAACAAAGACACCAACCAGGAUAACUUGGAGCAAAACAGUAGCCUGUAGGCUUGGCCUUUAUUGAUCUGUUGCAACAGGGGGCUCCCCUCACCUGCGGGAGAGAGGAGGAACCCAGAAAAAUGAUGUGCAAGGCCUUAUAAAGACUUUUGGAAUUGCCACCCUGUAGAUCAAGACCACCCCCAGAAACAUCAUACGUACAUCACAGAAGGGGUGUAACCUAAGACCACCCCUCAGAUACAGCACACCUACAUCACAGAAAGGAGGGGUUGAGGGAGGAGUUGUGGUGGUAACCUGAGUGUCCUGUCAGCUGGCUGGUUCCUCCUUUCCCCCCUCCCCAUGAGUACUUUCCAGGUGAUAAAGGGGAGCUUGCAGUUUCCUGCCCCCAGAGGGAAGAGCUGAUCAUUGUCCUUUGUUCCAGUCAGUGUUGAAUCCACUCCCAUAUGCAAGUUCUUUGUGAUCUUGAUGGUCUUCUGUCUAGGACCAUCAGGGUUGGCAUAGCAACUGGGCAGGGCUCCUGUGUAUGUGCUGGUAUGCUCAAGGGAUUAUGGCUGCCCUGUAUCAAACCUUCCCCAUUUUGUAGUCCUUCCUUCAUGGAGUAAAAUAAAAGUGGAACAGUGCAAAUCCGAUGUAUGGUUGAUUUUCUAUGGAUUUAUAACAGAAGCGUAGCGUAUGUAGUGUGUGAGUGUUGAGUGUGUGAGUGUGAAGUUUGUACAAACUGAAUGAUUGGGGGGGCGGUUUCCUGCGACAGUCCUAAGAAGACAAGGCAGAGCAGCCCUUUAACAGCUAGCAAUGCUUGUCUUUCCUUUGGGUUGGAGCUCUUGAACCCAUACCACUUGGGGCCUCCUUUCUCUCUCUGCCAGCCAUUCAUGCUCUGGGCUGCCUUUUUCCACCUCUGCCGAUGCCCUUUCAGGUCGCAGAACUGCAGAGAGAUGGCAGGAAUUGGGCCAGAGGCCCCUUCUCUCUCACACACACACGAAUUGGGGCUGCCAGCUUCUGAGUCGCUCUCUGUGCUCGUCUCUUCUAGGUUCAGGCGCUUAAGGCGGCUGAUCAGCUGCAAGAAGGUGGCCCCCCUAGAAGUCCUGGAGCAGCCCACGGUGUCGGGUGAGCAAGUGGCCCUCCUUUUGGGGAUGGAGGAGGGCAGGAAUGGGCUGGGGGGGCAUCUAGUAAAAAGAUGCACAGAGCCAGAUGGCUGGAUCCAACCCGCCUAUCUACGACAGCAUCUGGAAACUCAACUGCCCCCCCCCCCCAGCAACCACCCUAUUCUGUAGGGUCUGUUGGAGGAAGCAGGGGGCUGGGCUGUGGGGCAAGGCAGGGGGACAGUUGUCAGUGGGAGGGGCAUCUUCCCUGGGGAGCCAUGUUCUGGGGGCAGGAGGUUAGGAUUGGCCCCCAAGGCCUGGGGUGUCCUUCUCCUGUACUUGGAAUCCUGGACUUGGAAUCCAGGAGAAAACUCUUGGAAAAGCCUUGCAAGGGGCUCAGGGAGGAACUCACCAAUCCCCAUGUCCUUCACUUUGCAGAUGUGCUGGGAAUCCACAUCCCUUCCGCUGCGGUGAGUAUUGGAUAAAACGAGAGCAGGAAGGGGAUCCCUCGGACCUGCCCCCCUCUUGCACUCCACUCUGCACUCUCAGAUGUGGAGGAGCCCUCCCCCCAUAAGGAACUGACAGCCUGAUUUUUGCCUUUCAGCUGCUAGACAAAGAUCAGCUGUAUCUCCUGGGCAUCAUCCAGGACUGCCAGGCAGCUCGGCUCAGGGGGGCUCCGAACCCUGAAGUACUCCAAGGAGGAGACAACCAAAGCCAUUCUGGUGAGUGAUGGGUGGUGUGAGGGACCCCCAUGGGGAGGGAGGGGCAGAGAGGGGCUGGCGUUUGGGGUUGGAGCCGUCCUCUGGAGACUCCUGGAAGGAGCUGACUUUCCUCCUCUGCUCUCUUCUAGAACAUCCUUGGCCACUUGGAGUACUUCAGGGAUCGCCCCCUGAGCCUGGCCCUGGCCUUCGAGGCCCUCCUGCAGUUGAGGUGAGUGGGGUCUUUGGGGUGGGUGGGGCUGCAGGGGGGCAGAACUCCAGGGGGAGCUUUGGGUGGGCAAGUCAGGCAGGAGGGAGAAGGGGACAAGGGGGACUUGGAGGAGGCAGUGUCUAACCCCUUCCCUCUCUCUCUCCAGUUUUAUGAGACCCCACUUCAGUUCCUUGAUGGUGAGUGCAAUCCUCCAUAGAACAACAGAGGCAGUUCUGGGGAGCGCAGAGGAGGACAAAGAGGUAUGUCCUCUGCUUUAAGUUCUCUUUGCACAGCUCUUUCUUCUUUUUACACUCUUACAAAAUUUAACCCAGCAGCACUCAACCUCUCUUCUCUCUUUUCCCACAGGAGCUGAAGAGACCAUUCCAGAGCCUGCUGGGGGGUCUCCUCCUAGAAGCCCCCAAUACUAGCACCCUUCUCCAGUUGCUUACCGUAAGUAUCCUGAUAGCAUCAGGAGUGGUUUUAGGGUUGCCCCGCUGUCCCUUACCCAACUAACUGUCCCAUUUCUUUCAUCCUGCAGGACCUCCGAUAUUACGCCCUUUUGGGGAGUGAAGACCAAAGAAAAUUAGGGGCCAGCAGUAUAUCCCUGCUGCUGGCCCUUUCACGAAGAUUCCCAAACCUAAGAGUAAGUAUUUUGCUUUCCUGUAUUCAGUUCUUUGGUUGCUUCCAUCCUUCCUGGGUGGGGCUGCUUCUCUUACACCCAUCCAGGGUGGGGUUCAUAAUGUCAACUGACUCAGAUUUGUCUUUCCUCUGCAGAACACAGUGAUUCGGCCGGAGCUGGCGUGCUUCAGAAAUAAUCUGAAAGAAGGUAAGCAAGCCCCACACCUUGGGGACAGUGAACUCCCUUGUCCCUUCUUUGCCCAAGACACACCUCCCAGGUCUUCUUGCUGGGAGUCCUGCAGGACCUGCUCCCUGCCUGGCAGGCCUUUCCCACCUGCCCUGGGAGGGCAGCACCCAGACUGACUCCAGCUACAAGAAGCCCGAGAGGACUGAACAGAUUUUCUCUCUUUUUCAUUCUUUUCCAUCCAGAUGACAUCAUCAUUGAGGAGUUGUGA